AUUUUCUCUUGUGUUCGAUUUGUCAUUCAACUGAAUAGUUUUUGUGAGAAGUUUUUGUAAUAUUUUUGUAUUUAUUUUAGUUUGGUCCACAUUUCUAAGUGCUUUUACAUUUCUCAAGACUGAAAAAUGCCUGUAAGGAGAGCAAAACAUGCAGGAAGUUGGUACAGUGACUCAGGCUCUGAUUUGUCGAGACAACUGGAUAACUGGCUAAAUCAAGCCGACUUAACUCAUGGUCCUGCCAGGGCUAUUAUUGCUCCGCAUGCUGGGUAUCAAUACUGUGGACCUUGUGGGGGUCAUGCUUAUAGACAGAUUAGCCCUGUUGUAGUAAAACGUAUAUUUAUUUUGGGACCCUCUCACCAUGUACGUCUCUCUGGUUGUGCCUUGUCUGGUGCUCAAAAAUACAAAACACCUUUGUAUGAUCUAGCUAUUGACACAGCGGUCAACAGCGAGUUAGAAAUGACAGGUCAGUUUGAAUGGAUGGACUUGGAUACAGACGAAAAUGAACACAGCAUUGAAAUGCACCUACCAUACGUAGCGAAAGUUAUGGAAAAUUUUAAAAAUCAAUUUACCGUUGUUCCUAUUCUCGUUGGAUCUCUCAGCCCUGACAGAGAGGCCUGCUAUGGCAGAAUUCUGUCAAGUUACUUAGCUGACCCAAAGAACCUCUUUAUUAUAUCAUCGGACUUUUGCCAUUGGGGUCACAGGUUUAGAUAUACGUAUUACGAUCGGACAUACGGGAAUAUUUACCAGUCAAUUGAAGGAUUAGACAGAGUGGGCAUGAAUAUCAUAGAAAACUUAGAUCCGACUGAGUUCACUAACUACCUGAAAAAAUAUGGCAAUACGAUUUGUGGGCGGCAUCCUAUAGGAAUUCUUCUUCAGGCUAUUCAGGAACUACUCAGGAAUGAUAGCACUCAGAACGCUACGUUAAAAUUCUUGAAGUACGCGCAGUCAAGUAAAUGUCGUACUAUGAACGAUUCCUCUGUCAGUUAUGCCGCAGCUGCUCUAGUAUUAGAAUAGUACAAAAGUGGCCUUAAAAUUCAGUUAUUUUAGCAGUACAUCCCAAUAACAUUUUUGAAUGCUUUUGUUGAUUAUUGGUUUACAGAUAAGGCGAAAACUUCGCAUUUGGUGGAGAACUUUUCCGACUAAUUUUUCUAUAAUCACGUUCGUCGAACUUGUCUCUAAUGUUGAUUGUUUUCGAGUAAUAAGCGAUUUACAUACUGAAAUCGGCAAUUUUGAGUGCUUAAAAACCGCGUCAAUUAUUAUUUUUGAGGUUGCCAAGUAGCUUACUAAUGAUAUUUUUGUUCAGAGCGAUCCACAAAAGCUUUUAUAACACUUUCCCGAGUAUAAAAACAUUUGUCUUUUGUAAUUUGUUUGAAAAAAAUUGCAAACUCUUGAUACUUAUUAAGGGGCACCUAAUAGCAGCUUUACUUGAUCCAAUAAAAUGAACAUUUUUUUUUAAAAUUCAAGAAAUUGGAGCGUGUAAACAUAAAAAUUGUCAAUUUCUUCGCAACAAUAAAUUUAUUAAUAAAUUGCCAGAUUAGGGCUUGUUCUAAUUUUCCGUUAAUUUUUUGGAGAAUUCUAGUUACUUUUGAUUCAUUUUCCUAGGUACCAACCUUGGUUAUGCUUUAGUUUUGAUUUAGGAUUUAAUUUAAUAACAGAAACUCGGUAAGUAUACUGUCAUGUUUUUAUUGGUUAUGUUUUGGUAUUUUUUCCCUGAUGUUGGUAAUAUAGGAAGUUACUAUAUGUGUAUUUUCAUACUUCACUUGAAUUAGUUUAAUCAAUUUUGCUACCUGUUUGAAUAAAUUCAUCAUUUUUUUUUGAUAAUUUAUUCGUGAAUUUAUUUGAUUGUGUAAGACGGCUAUAAUAAACGUGAUUUUGAGAAGGAUGAAGUACUCCCACGAAUUUUUCGCCUUAUUUUUCUAAGGGCAUUUAUGGUAAUACUUCAACGCUGUUAUGAUGAUGUGUUUAUUAAUUAUGUUUGCUAAUAUAGGUAGAAGUAUAGAAAAACAAUCCAAAUAAAUGGAGGCUUAUGAGUACAAUCAACGAUAUUUAAGAGACAGUUUGGUGAAUAUCAUCAAAUCUGGAAUGAGGAAUUUAUUUAUAUAUUUAUUCAAACUUUAUAUUUUUGGUCAAGGAUUUAUCUGACUGCUACAGCUUUAUAGUAAACUAGAUUUUAAUACUUAUAGUUUCGUAUCAAGACAGAUCCCAAUUUAUUUUCUCCAACCGAAUAAACUAUUUUUCACGAGUGUCUAUUACGUACAAAUAACAGCCGAUUUUCUAGUAAUGUUUAAAAAUAUCCCAUAUGGAGAAGUGAUAAUCAUUCUGAUGGAUCUGUCAACGCUAGUCACACACGUAAAAGAAAACGCUAUAACCAAAAUUGCUGCUAAUGAUCGUGACUAUUUUGCUAGUCAGGUAAAAAUAAAACAGCAUAAACAGUUUUUGACUAUAUUUGGUACACAGAGUCAAAUGUGUCACUUUAUCAGCUGCUUAUCUCAGUAGACGUCAAAACGUAACGGAUACUCGGAAAAAUAGUGUAUUUGUUCUUGUUUGGGAUCAAGGAUUCGCAUUUUAAUCUUAAUCAUGCUAUACUGUUUCCCACUAUACUUUAUCACAUCAAAACGCCAUAAAAAUGUCAGCUGAUCAUCUAGUGAUAUUCAAAAUUUCCCAUAUCGUCAAGUUACACAACUCUGACACAAUGAAAAAGUGUAUGUGAAAUUAAAUUUGGUUUAAAUCGUUCUGAGUUUCACCUUACCAACAGAUUUUUAGCACAAGAUGCCACUUGAUGAUCAGCUGUUUACCUCAAUGUACAUCAAAACAUGAUGAAGUACUGUGAAUGAAAUUUGUUCAAUCGGCCUUCAAGUAUAUAUUAUAUUGCGUUCAUUUUCGCUCCAUGGUGGUAUAAUGAAUAUCUGUGAUUUAAAAUAUAUCCAAAACUAAGUAUGAGAGAGCGAUAAGAUUUUACCAUUAGUUGCAAUACCUUAUACUUAUGUCAAACAAUUUGGCCACGCCUCAAGUUGAUAGAGACACAUUGCUUAAACAUAUAAUUCGAUACAGGGCGUUUUCAAAAUAUUGGGCAAACGUUCAAGUGGCGAUUCUUUGAACUUUAUAUUAAUUUUGGAGAUUCAGGCCACUAAAGGAUGCCACUGUAAAUAUGUUUUACUUGAAUACCUCCCUGUAUACGAGGUUUGUUCGGAAAAUACGUAUAAAAGGGGAAUAAUAACUUGUUUUGAGGAUUGCUAUCAUUCUAACUGACAAUCGACGGUAUUUAAGAACACAGCCUCGAAUUCGCUCAACAUUUCCUCAGAGCACUUGUCGACGGUUGGUUCCCUCAGAGAACUGUCUCCGAAAACUUGCUCCAAACACUCAAAAAGCCCACGACUAUUUUGCCUAGCUUUGCAAGAAACUUGACAACAUCAAUCACACGUAAAUCCUUCUUACUCGCUCGAACUGAGCAUAGAGCGGAUUGCAUAGAGAGAGGGAACUACUAACUAAAAUUUAAUCCUUAUUUCACUUUGACUGUAUGAUGGUUGUGUGCUAAAACUCAAGUUGAAGAUUUGAUAUCUGGAAUAUUUGAGAAGUGGCUAAUUGUUUGACAUAAGUUAUACCAUAGUACCUGAUACUAUUGUCAUGUCGAUCUAAACAUAAAGAGUUGCAAACAGGUUCGUUUUCAAUUUGGUUGUCCAUAUUGGAGAUUCUUUUUUAUCAUUAUUAUGUACAAAAUCAGCACUGUAUUCAGUUGUGUAUAUAAUGAUACUUUAUAUGUUAUUAUGAAAUGUUCGCAAUUUUUCUAGUCCUUUUUGACAAGAUUUGAUUUGUAUAUAUUGUGACAAGUAAUGGCAAAACCGAACCGCAGCUGAACUGUCCCAAGUGAUUGUUUUACUAUAAUUCUAGAAUAUGAUAUAAUUUGUUUAAUUGUAGGGGUUGUAUGUAUUUAAAUAAAAUGAUGCGGCCUUUCAAGUACUCAUUAUUAAUUAUUAUUUUGGUUCUGUAAACCGAAGUAUCCAUAAACCACAUUCGCGCCGAAGCAGUAAUGCAUAUCCACAACGGCGCACUUUCAUGGUUGUAUUCAUCUUUCACUGUAGUGCCUAUAGUGUGGCUCAGAAUUAGUAGAUUAUGAAUCCAGAAAAAAAAAUUAAAUCCAAGAUUAUUUUGUUCGAUCCCUCAGAUAUUAUUAUUAAAUCGAAAGGCUUGACAGGUAGGACACAGUUUCCUUUAUGAAAAAUGUUUGCCAAAAUUGCGUUUAAACGAAAUAUUCUGAUUUUAGACAGACAAUACAUUAAAACUAAAAUCUAGGUAUCUAUAUAAAAUUAGUAAAAAAUAAGUUGAACGGCUUUUUUUCAAAGAAACACAAUGAUGAUGCAGACAAUGCUAAAAAAAUUGUUAGGUAGGUACCAGACCACAACACUGUCCUCAUCAAUCUAGGACUAAAGUAAAAUGCUUGGCUUUUAGUACAUUAUCUGCAUCAUGAUUGUGUUUGAUUACAAUAAGACCGUUAAACAUUUAAUUUACCGAUUUUAUUUGAUAUACAGUGUUAGUUUUUAGUAUGGGCUCUGUCGAUAACUCCAUCAUGCAUGGUAUCUAAAAAAAUUAAUUACCAAAAUUGUAGCCAGCUCCUUACUUUGCAAAUAUUUUUAUUUCUACAGGGUGAAAUAUGUAUAACCCAAACAUACAUUUUUUUAAUGGAAAGACCUACAUUUUAUUAGAUUCAGAGAGGUCUUUUUAUAACGAAGCAAUUUGAUGCAACAUAAUAUAGGGUUUUAUUUCUAAAUUGUUGAGAUGUUGGACAAUCUAUCCAAAAAGACCCACAACUUUGAUUGCGAACGCAAAAUGAACGAUUUCUCAAAAAUUUCAAAUGGAACACCCUGUAUGGUUUCUCACUUUUUGAUUAUUUUUUUCUCGAGCUUUUUUUCAAUAUAAGUUUAUGGGAAUUUGUACAAAUAAAAAUAGCAUUCAGUUAGUAACGGCAGAUUUUUAGUUUUUGUGUAUUUUCAUUAUAAAGUAAACCUACCUAACCUUAUGUAAUAUACUCGGAAAGUCAUGAAGGUAUCCCUGUGUUAUCAGCAACUCAAAAACUAGUUGUACGAACUCUCAUAACCUUACAUCAGAAAAAUCACGUGAAAAGAGAAAUCAAAAAGUGUGAAAAUAUACAUUGAAAAAGUAAGUAGAUAGGGAGAAAAUAUAGGCCCAUGAAAUUUUUCUGAGGAAAAAUCAUUUCUCUAACUAACAGUUGCAGAGGUGCCAGUUAUCAAUAUUAAGUGUUUUUUAGAUACCUCAACAGUUUGAAAAUAGAACCCUGUAGUAUGUUGUCAAAAUACUUUGUUUUGAAGGGCCGAAUCUGUAAUAUAGGUCUUUCCAUUUAAAAAAUGUAUAUUUGUGUCACCACGUAAUUAUUAAUCAACCUGUAGAAAUAAAAAUAUUUUCCAAGUAAGGAGCAUGAUGUUAACCACACCAAAAACUCACCCUACUGUAUGUCAUGGUGUGAUGGAACUGUAUAGAAAACGGUUGUGGAUACGCAUUUACGUAACAAAAUUAUUUUUGUUCGUUAGCUGUUUACUCUUGUGCCCGUUGCAUCUUUUGUUUUGCGUGAAUUCAUUGGGUUUAUAUCUUUCUUGCAUAUAUGUAUAUACGUGUUUUUCUGAGAGUGACUGUGACACAAUGUAUAAUGUAAUGAUACAAUUUUUCCAUUUGAAUGUCAUGUCCUUGAGAAGUAUAUACCAAACAUAUCUGAUGUUUGUAUUAUGUUUUUUAAGACAAAUUUUUUGGGUUUCAAAUUUUUAAAAGUUGUGAAUAAACAAGGUGAGACUAGAAAAAGAAACAGAAAAAGUCUUUAAAGUGGGUAAUUUUCAUUGGAUUGUUUUUUCAACUUUGGUCAACGAUUAUUUUUAAUGUUCUCAUCAAAUUUGUACUAGACAUGAUGAGUAAGGCGAUUUAUAACUUAUAGGAGAUUCAUUUUUCCCAAAAGCAUAAAAUACUGUUCUUUUCAAAAAACUACCUUUGAAAAAAUCACGCGUAGGUAUUCACUCUUUUUUAUCGCGUUUAUGCGUGAAUCGAUUAUUUCAACUUUUAUAAAUCUGUAAUAUUCACAGUUUGUUUUGUAUAUAUUUUGUAUUAUUUUGUUAAGUCAUCGCAUGAAGUACAUCUGAAUUUGUGGAAAGUCUUUCAUUCAGCACAUUAUCUGAUUGAGCAGUUGAAUCCUGUUUUUGUUACGUAUUUUGACUUCCAACACCAUGCCGUUUAGUUACAAUUUAUAGAAAUGCUAGAACUAUUUUUGUCAUCUAGAUUGAUAUGUGAUUCCGGGACAUGCUGUAUUUCCAUAGGGGAGCCCCGAAAGGUAUUCUUAAAGGGAACUUAUCAAACAUAUUUUAUACUAUCUAUGCACUAGUCAAAAACAAAAACAGGAUUUAAAACUGGAAUAAAAACAAUGGACGAUCUCAUAAAUAUGUAUGUAUUUGUAUAUAUACGCUACUUAUGUUUUCCAUCAAUGAAAUAAUGUCUGCCAUACCACAAGUUCUAAUACUAUUUACUACAACUUUAAGGAUGAAUUUACUCAAACCAAAUCGUACAUCAUUUUGCCACUAAUAUGUUCAUUUAGUGAUAAAAGACUUGAGUUGUGGUAACAUUGCUUGAGCUGCUAAUGUUUGCAUUAUUUUUAAGUAUGUUUAAUAAGUGAAUAAUUGCGUGUACUGUUGAAAAAAGGUUUUAAGUUUCCAUACUGAGACAGGGUCAUUUGGAUUACAUUGCUAAGAACGAUAUGGUAAUACUGACAUGAAACUAAAGUCUCAAAUCCAAAGAUUUGCUGUCUCCAGCGAAUAGGCAGCGGCAGUGGCCGUAGUGGUAGAUGCUUCGGUCUCCUGAUCAGUCGCCGUGCGCUGCGCUGGUUCGCAUCCCGUCCCAAGAGAAAUUUUUCUCUUGGCCUUGGGUGUUGUGAUUGUCCGUAGGUGGUAGUCGAUCUCUGACUGUCGAACGCGGAGGUACCACCCGGCGGAUCUCGUAGGCGGAGCCAGAAUGUGUGCAUGUUGCAUGCUUAGGGUGCUUAGGCCUUAGGCCUUCGUGGUAGUUGAAGUAUAAAAAAAAUAAAAAAAGGCCUUCGUGGUAGUUGGAGUAUAAAAAAAAGAAUAGGCAGCAGCAGUGGCCUCAGUGGUAGAUGCUUCGGUCUCCUGAUCAGUCGCCGUGCGCUGCGCUGGUUCGCAUCCCGUCCCAAGAGAAAUUAUUCUCUUGGCCUUGGGUGUUGUGAUUGUCUGUAGGUGGUAGUCGAUCUCUGACUGUCGAACGCGGAGGUACCACCCGGCGGAUUUCGUAGGCGGAGCCAGAAUGUGUGCAUGUUGCAUGCACACGUGUUCCCUCGCCAGAGACCGUGUGGCGUUCCCCCUUUCCCAUGUAUCCCCCUAUAGCCCCACGGUACCCAAAGGGUGCUUAGGCCUUAGGCCUUCGUGGUAGUUGAAGUAUAAAAAAAAGAAAAAAAGGCCUUCGUGGUAGUUGGAGUAUAAAAAAAAAGAAUAGGCAGCAGCAGUGGCCGCAGUGGUCCCAAGAGAAAUUUUUGUCUUGGCCAUGGGUGUUGUGAUUAUCCGUAGAUGGUAGACGGUCUAUGACUGUCGAACGCGGAGGUACCACCCGGCGGAUCUCGUAGGCGGGGCGGCCAGAAUGUGUGCAUGUUGCGUCUAUAGCCCCACGGCACCUCAUGGGUGUUUAGGCCUUAGGCCUUCGUGGUAGUUGGAGUAUAAAAAAAUAAAAUAUGGUACAUUUGACUGAAUUUUUUUGAAUGUCAGUUAAAAUAACCAUAUACAAUUGUCAGUGGUUAUGAGUGAUUUUGAUUUCCUUCUCAGUGAAAUUCAUUUACGUUUCUGAGCACCACUUUCAAUGUGUGCGAGAGAGGGCGUAGAGCGUGGCUGUAAUUUGCCGCGUUGCCGAACGUUAUACCAUUUUCUUGAAUGGAUGAUGCUAACUUGUUGGAAAAUGGAGGCCACGAAAUGUCAGUAGAACAAAGUGAUCAGAUACUAGAGGAUAUUUUGUAAUAUUAUUUUGACUGUCAGAUGAAGUUUUGUGGCAAGACCUGCAUUUAUAGUCCACCCUUAAGGGCUGAGUGCCAAUUAAGAGUUGCAAAAGGCUUUAAAAGUUGUUAACACAGCUUUUAAAAAUUUGAUGACACUGGUCACAGCCUUAUGUAAAAUGCCUUAAACGCUCAUCAAGAAAGCAUUGCUAUCUUUUUUCAGUCCAAAGAGAGAUGAUCCCUUGCUCAAAUGACACUCAACCCUCAAGAAACGUCUAUAAAUGUUACCUUUAGUGUCUUCCUAAGUCUUACUUUGAGCAGUAUAUCCGACUUGCCCUGUCCAUCUUGCAGAGUGACAUGAGAAAUAAAACUGUAUAUUAACAAUAAUAGGUACUUAGCAUUUUUAUUGAUCCACGCUGUUUUAGUGCAGUCUUUCACAACAGUUUCAACUUUUUAUAAGAGUUCGUGUUUUUCAGACAUUUAUAAUAAAAUGCU